AGCAUGUCCGAACCGAUUCUCCUCGAACUCGUCGAGCGGGACGAUGCGGGAAACGUUACAUCAACGUAUAUUGAGAGUACAAGCUCGGAAAGCAAGAGCCGGGUCGAUAUUGUACUCCCUGCAGAAUCGAAGGGUCGUGUGCAACGACUGAUGGAUGUGUUUUUACCCGCUGGCUAUCCACAAAGUGUCACCGAAGACUACAUUCAGUAUCAGAUCUAUGACUCCCUUCAAGCCUUCUCAUCGUCGAUAGCAGGAAUGCUCAGCUCUCGUGCCGUCCUAGAAGGUGUUGGCGUUGGCGAUGCUUCCGCUUCCCCCACUGCCGCUCUCCUCCUCUCCGUACUGCAGGAAUCCAUGGGUCGUGUAGCAACGAUAUUGUUUGCGCACAGGCUGGGUACUUCGCUCGAACCGGAAUGCAAAAUGUAUCGGCUGGCUGCCGACAUAUUCAACGACACGGCCAUGGUUCUAGAUUGUUUGUCGCCGGCUUUCCCCAAAGUAGCUCGCGUGAUCAUACUCUCGCUCUCGAGCAUCCUUCGAUCACUCUGUGGAGUAUGCGCAGGGAGCUCCAAAGCAAGUUUAUCGGCACAUUUUGCAAAGAGGGGGAAUCUGGGAGAGUUGAAUGCGAAAGAUUCGAGCCAAGAGACCGUCAUAUCGCUGUUUGGGAUGUUGGCUGGCACUGUCGUUGUGUCUUGGGUUUCGACGCCAUUUGCCACUUGGUCAACUCUAAUUGCACUGCUGUCGAUUCACCUUGCAACAAACUAUGCGGCCGUCAAAUCGGUCAGCAUGCGCUGUCUCAACCGUCAGCGAGCUAACCUAGUGCUGAGCAACUUGCUGCAGAGCGGUCACAUCUCCACACCAGCAGAGGUUUCGCAAAAAGAACGCAUAUUCGAGAAGGAUGGCGUUCUGCGUUGGACCGAUGAUGGCAUUAUCGGUCACUGCAGUGUUGGCGUGUCGAUGGCAGUAUUGCUGAAUUCCAUGGACCGUGCCCGCCAACGUGCUAGCUCAUUGGGCCUUCAAACCACCAGAAUCUCUGAUCUCAUGCAAAUGUAUGGAGAACGGGGAUACGUGCUCUGGAAAGGUCAGGAAAGCGCCACAGUGGUAGUGGUUUUGAAGCGGGGAUGUAGUCCGAGAGACCAGCUUCAGGCAUGGGCACAGGCGCUUCUACUUGCACGACGGGAUCGAACAAGACUGUCCGACCAAAAAGCGGCAGACGGCGUAGCAGAUGAUCGGCUGAGCGAGCUGCGGUGGACCUUGGACGAGGCCGCUAGACUGUUUGAAAAGUAUGAAGCGGAAUUGAUAAAUGUGGGUUGGGAUCUUGAUGUCGCUGCCCUGGAAGUAAGGCCCGGACAUCGCAUAGAAGUUGGGGUAGGACAGUGA